CUCCAAGGCGUCAUUUCCGUACUUAUUGGGUGGUCUUUCUCCCUUUUCUGUCUACAUUCCGCGUGAAGGCCAUUAUAUAGAUGGUGUUUCAACGUCAUCUUCACGAGCCAAAUAAACGAGAGUACAUCGUUCAAAUACCAGUGUGUAUACGUCCUCAACAGAGUACAUUCAAAAAGGAAAGGCUGUUGUAUUUUUGUGAGCGUUUAAACUCCGCACGCGAUACAUAGACCUUUUGAAAAUCUACAUUCAGCCCAAUAAACAUAAAUAAUAUAUUUUACAGGGGUUGCAGAUUCAGUAUUACGAACUGUGCGUAAUGAACGCCCCCAGCUAAAGAGCUAUUUGCGUGCAGAUGAUCGGCGCACAAACACGCGAGACAGAAUAGUUAGCAACGGUGUGGUUUUCGUUCUUGGUUUUUCACUUGUUUAGCUAGCUAACUCAGUUUAUUCGAAACACGGAAAAGGUUACUACCCAUGCUUCUAACCAUCGCUUACUAUCCAUACUUCUAACCAUCGCUUACUAUCCAUACUUCUAACCAUCGCUUACUAUAUCGUCGUAAGCGGAGGUGGGAGAGAAAAGCCAGACGGAAACUCCCCGGAUGGACAACGAGAGGGCCUAACGUGUAAACAAAGCUUUCAUCGUCUUUAUUCAACGCUAAAAUAAUGUUUGGCGCUUCAAGAUCUGGGGGUGUAAGGGGGGGGCAAGACCAAUUCAACUGGGAUGACGUGAAAGGCGAUAAACACAGGGAAAACUACCUCGGGAACUCUCUUAUGGCACCAGUGGGGCGAUGGCAGAAAGGCAAAGAUCUGACGUGGUAUACCAAAGACAAAAAAGGUGGUGUCAAGCCUAUGUCAAGAGAAGAGGAGCUUGCUGCUGUGAAGGCAGCAGAGCAAGAGGCACUGCUGGCUGCCCUAGGCCACAAGUAUAUAAAGAGACAACCAUCUGGCCUGACCAAAGAGGACCUUGCAGAUGUGUGCAGGAGGGAGGAUGCGGAAGCUGAGGACAGAGAUGUGGACAGAGUUUCUGGCCUUGGAAGCUCUGGUGCAACGUCACGGAAAAUGGUGUUCUCCCAACAGGAGAAGGAAGCUGCCAAAAUAGGCUUGUCAGUCUUCACACACCAUAAAACAGAAGGGAAGUCUGGAAACCAGGAAGCCUCUGCCAGAAAAACAUCUGCGAACACAGAGAAACAGGAUGUGGAUCAAAGACACGAUAACAGCAAAAAGAAGGAAAAGAAGCGCAAAAAGAAGAAAAGGCAGAGAAGAGACUCUUCCUCCUCCGAUUCAGAAGAUGACAAAAGGUGCAGAAAGGACCACCGUCAUCAUAAUCCAUCAUGCCUCAGUCAGACUGGAGCCAGACCCCAUGACAGCCAUUCAAAGGAGGGACCAAAGGGUGAACGCCACCCCCUCUCCUCUCAACGACGCCAGCAUGACACACACUCCUCCCACAGGGAGUCCCCUGUCCCCCGCCCCCGUGCCAGCCACAAGGCAGCCCAUGCUGCUCUGACACAAAGCCACAGGCGGCGCCAUGACACAGACUCUGACGAUUAAUACCCCCUCACUCAGACACAUUGAGGGAGAGGAGUGCUCUAGCCCACAGCAGAGCAGCUUGACUGGUCUAUGGACUGUCCUCAUGUACUUCUGGAUUGGACUCGAGGGCUGUGGUUGAGAACAGUAGGUCAAUCUGUAGGCUACUCCUCAAACCACUAGUAGGCUUGUGGCCUUAUUUGAACGGACCAGUUUUUAUUUGUGUUGAAUUUUGAAUGAAUUGUUAAAUUUGUUUCUAUUGGUAUUUUCUUUUUCUGAAACAGAUCAAAUGUAUUUUAUGAUCUGUGUCUAGCUACCAAAAUUGAAGGACACUAUUCAUGCAAUUAAAAUCAGGGACUACUGAAAGCAAGUUAAGUGCAUGUGUUCUUGGUGCUGAAAAUAAGUUAGUCAAUACAAACUAUUGCUGUCCAAGACAUUAAAUCCGGCGUGACACUUGCCCAUUAAACAAUGUAUUUAAAUGUUAA